CAUGCCUUUUGGACUAAGUAACGCACCAGCAGUAUUUCAGUCCCUUAUCAACGAUGUUCUUAGGGAUUUUUUGAAUGUUUUUGUUUUCGUCUACCUUGAUGACAUCUUAAUCUACUCCAAGGACAUUAAAGAGCACACCCGUCACAUCUGUCUAGUUCUUCAAAGACUUUUGGAGAAUAGACUGUUUGUGAAAGCCGAGAAGUGUGAGUGCCAUAAAACAUCUAUCACAUUUUUGGGAAACAUCCUGGAGGGUGGACAGGUUCGCUUGGACCCUGAGAAGAUCAAGGCAGUACUGGAGUGGCCUGUCCCGGACUCCCGCAAGCAGCUACAACGGUUCCUUGGAUUUGCAAACUUUUAUCGACGGUUCAUUAAGAACUUCAGCUUGAUAGCCACACCACUCACCACCUUGACCUCCACUAACAUCGUGUUCACCUGGACACCAGAGGCUGACAAGGCUUUUCGGACAUUAAAAGAGAGGUUUUCUCAUACUCCCAUACUAGUUCAUCCUGAUUUCUCCAGACAGUUUAUUGUGAAGGUCGACGCCUCUGAUACAGGUGUUGGUGCCGUACUUUUUCAGCAGUCUUCCACAGAUGGAAAGCUCCAUCCAUGUGCCUUCUUUUCUCGUCGGCUAACAAACAUUGAACGGAAUUACGAUGUGGGAGAUAGAGAGCUGCUUGCAGUAAAGUUAGCUCUCGAAGAGUGGAUACAUUGGCUGGAGGGUGCAAAAAACCCCAUUUUAGUAUGGACCGAUCACAGAAAUCUGGCCUACUUGCAAUCAGCCAAAAGACUAAACCCACGCCAAUCACGUUGGUUACUGUUUUUCUCUCGUUUUGAUCUCUCUAUUUCUUACAGACCUGCCUCCAAGAACCUCAAACCGGAUACUCACCAGUCUCCACCAAGAAAGAGGCAUAACCCAUUGUGCUGUCCCGUUGGACUUUUGGAGCUUUAGUUCGGGAGGUGGAGGACCUUAAAGACAAUGCCCAACGAAACGAGCCGGACCCAGGUACAGGUCCUCCCAACAGGAAGUAUGUCCCUACAUCUGUUAGGUUUAGGCUAAUCCGUUGGUUUCAUACUGCUACAUUCUCAGGUCACCCAGGGGUUAGCAGAACCAUCUCACUCAUUUCCAGGCAAUUUUGGUGGCCAUCCCUUCACAAGGAUGUUAAAGAGUAUGUGCAGGCUUGUUCGGUCUGUGCCAGACACAAAUCGGGCAAUCAGCCUCCCUAUGGGUUAUCUCAGCCUCUCAGUACACCCAAACGCCCUUGGUCUCACAUAGCUCUUGAUUUUGUAACUGGUUUACCCAUAUCUAAAGGAAAUACGGUCAUCCUUACGAUUGUAGACCGUUUUUUUAAGUCCAGCUACCUUGUACCACUAAAAAAACUUCCAUCUGCUUUCCAAACUGCCCAGCUGUUGGUUCAGCAUGUUUUUCGCCUUCAUGGCAUACCUCAGAACAUUUUGUCUGAUCGUGGCCCCUAAUUUAUCUCUCGUGUUUGGAAACAGUUUUGUUUGGCUCUUGGAGCCAAGGCCUCCCUGACGUCUGGUUACCACCCCCCAUCAAAUGGACAGACAGAACGCAUGAACCAACAGAUGGAGUCCAUUCUCAGAUGCAUGACCGCAACUGAACCUCUUGAUUGGUGUAAUUAUCUUCCCUGGGUCGAAUAUGCAGUCAACUCUCAAAUCUCAUCUGCAACUGGCCUCUCACCCUUUGAGGUUUCUAUUGGUUAUCAACCUCCUCUAUUCCCCGCUGAUGAAAAGGACAUAGCCAUAGCAUCCGUUCGGCACCACAUACGCCGUUGUAAACGGAUCUGGGGAAAUGCUACCAGAGCUCUCCUUCGUACAGCGGACCAAAACAAGAAGUACGCUGACCGCAGGCGGCGGCCUGCUCCGGCGUACCGUCCUGGCCAAAAGGUUUUGUUGUCCUCCCGGGACAUCCCAUUGAAGUCUAUGUCUCCUCGCUUCAUUCGUCCCUACACUAUCGACUCAGUCAUCCGUCCCUCUGCUCUUCGUCUGCGCCUGCCUUCCAGCCUACGUAUCCAUCCUGUGUUUCAUGUCUCUCAAGUCAAACCUUUCAUUUCCAGCACUUCAUUUUCAACAACCCCUUGGUCUCUCCACCCCCCUCUGGCGGAUCUCUCCAUCAAUCCAUUGGUAUCACGGUUCCAGUUCCCUGCACAUUUCAUUACACUUGGGGGUUGUGAAGAAGGAUGGGAAAGAGGCAGCAGAAGACUCAAGUGUGGUGCUAAAGGAAUCCCCCCCUCCUUCAGAAAAUACUCAUCAAGAAGUGAUUGUUGAGGCUCUCAAGUCCAUCUGUAACAUCCUGCUCCACAAUGAGACAGGACAGGCUGUAGCAGCUGAUCUGCACCUUAUUAAUGGUGUUACAGAGAGACUGAAGCAAUGUAAUCAUACCACCUGGAACCAUGAGGUCUGUUUCUUUGAUCUGCGACUUACCUUCCUGCUCACUGCCCUGAGGGUGGAUGUAAGGGCACAGCUGGCCCAGGAGCUUCAUGGAAUCAAACUCCUAGGCAACCAAUUGGAAGCCACCCUGGAUCUGUGUUGGCCAUAUCCCCUGGUGACAGCGAGAGCGGGGUUAGAAGGUGUUCCACCUCAAGAACUGCCCCCACUGAGCAGGCAGCAGACAGAAUGUUCUAUGGAAAUACUGAAAAUACUUUUCAACAUCACAUUUGACACAAACCGACGCAAGGUUGAUGAGGAAGAAGCAGCGGAGUACAGACACUUGGGCGCUCUCCUGAGACACUGUAUGAUGAGCCAAGCAGAUGGUGAGGAGAGAACCGAUGAAUUCCACAGCCAUACUGUGAAUUUACUGGGGAAUCUGCCGCUGCCUUGUUUGGAUGCACUGUUGCUGCCCAAGGUGGAACACGGCUCCAUCGAGUACAUGGGAGUCAACAUGGAUGCUGUCAACAUGCUUCUGGAAUUCAUGGAGAAAAGACUGGACCGUGGCCAUAAGCUGAAAGAGACUCUUCUCCCAGCUCUAAACUUACUGACAGAGAGUUCCCGCAUCCAUCGCGAGACCAGAAAAUUCCUCAGGUCAAAAGUGCUGCCCCCUCUUCGCGAUGUGAAAAACAGGCCAGAAGUGGGCAAUGCUCUGAGGAAUAAAUUAGUUCGUCUCAUGACACACAUUGACACCGAUGUCAAGGACUGUGCUGCUGAAUUCCUCUUUGUGCUUUGCAAAGAAAGUGUUUCAAGGUUCAUCAAGUAUACAGGCUAUGGUAACGCUGCAGGUCUGCUGGCUGCCAGAGGACUGCUCAGGGGGGGCAGAGACUCUGGGAUCUACUCUGAAGAUGAAGACUCUGAGACUGAAGAAUACAGAGAGGCAAAGCCCCAUAUAAACCUGAUCACAGGUGUUGUAGAAGAUGAGCAGCCCAACCCCAUGGAGGGAAUGACCGAGGAGCAGAAGGAGUACGAGGCCAUGAAGCUGGUCAACAUGUUUGACAGACUGUCAAGGACCAAUUUGAUCCAGCCCAUGCAACUUGAUUCGGAUGGGAAAAUGAGAGAGAUGACCACCGACGAUCUGAAUAAAAUGGUUACCAAUCCGUUGUUUCAAUCAGAAGAGCCUGCUGAUCCAAACAGUGAGGACGAAACCUAAUUAACCCCCAAGCAUGACAGCAGAAGCUGAUUCAACUUUUGUGACAACACUGCAUAGUAUAAUGAUAUCAUGUAAGUUGUACCAUUCUGGCCCACUGUGUUUCUUCUGAUUGGACGAGAGGUAAAAACAUUUUGGGAUUAGUUUAGCAAAUGUGAGAAUGCAGCAUUGAAGGCAUAGGAGGAGACUGAAAGAAGCAUUUAUUCAGUUUCACAUCACCUUAACCAAUGAUAACUGAUCAAUUUACCCAAAGCAGUGGUGUUCUGAAGGUACUUUUACUGUCUUACAAAUUUGACGUAGUUUCAUCAUCAGUUGAGUUCAAGCUUAAAACCUUUACUGACUGUUUUUUGCAGAAUAAGCAUGACUGUAAAUCAGAAGAAUCCACAGACCUGGAUUGAUCUGAUUUGAGAAUCAACUUUUAUUUUUGAAAUGGAAUUUAAUAAAAAUGGAUAUUAUUUUUCAUUACACCCCACAAAUGUUUUAUUUUAGCAAGUGAAAGACACUUUACUGAUGGAUCUGUUUCAGUGUUAGAUGUAACAUGACAUAAAAUACUAUAAGAAAAAAAAAAAGAAAUUCCUUGUUUGCACCUUUGUAUUGUAACUGAAUGGCUGUUUCAAACAGUAAAGUACACUUGCAUCUAAAUAAAUUCACUAUUUGUGGUCUCUGUUUAUUUGAAGAUUGAGGGUCCUGCAGAAUAUAGGAGAUGAUGCUGAUAAGGAAGAAACUGUUUUUCCUUGAGACACUCAUUAGUUGUCUGAGAGAGAAGAAGUUAUACAAAGAGGACAUGUUGAUGGAUGUGUGAAGGAUCCUCUAGCCUCAGCGUGGCAGAAAGGUUAUGGAUGGAAAUGUAUAAAUAAAAUUAGCACAAAACGUAA